AUGUCUCUUAUAUCCCCAAAUACAACCUUUUCCACCAGUUGUUCAUCAUUACCUAUUACCGCUAAUACGGUUCCUGUUGAGAUUUUUAUUGAAAUAUGUCGUUAUUUGUCUCCGGUUAAUUUAUUUUCUUUAAUCAAAGUAUGUAAACAAUUUAGGAGUUGGUUAAGUUCAACUACCUCAAAAAGUACACGAGAGAUUUGGUGUAUUUCCAGAAAGAAAUUCUUACCAAAAUUACAAUUAUCCCCUUUUUCUAAUAUGGAUGAACAAUCAUACACGAGAUUAGGUUUAAUUGAAAAAGGUUGUCAAUUUUGUAAACGUAAAGUUUGUAAGGUUUAUUGGAUUUUUCGUGUAAGGAGUUGCAAAAAAUGUUUCAGUAAAAGGAUCGUAAGUCAUCGGGAUUUACCAAGUGAGGCAAUGUUUCCCGUGGAUGUUUAUAAUUGUUUGCCCUAUCUGAAAAGGGGAACUGAUUGCAUAUAUUGGCAUCGUGAUGUAAUCGCAGCAUGUAGAGAAUUCAAAGAGCUUAGGAAUAGUAAUCCCGAAAAACAAUCAGAAUGGAUAGGACAGAAGAAAUCAGCGGCACAAAAAAUUAUGGAAGAUUAUAAAAAAAGAUGUUCAGAUCAAUAUCGUCUUUCAUUAUCACUUCGUAAAAAAGAUAAACGACAGUUUGAGGGGAUCAUUCAUGAUUUAAUGGAAGAAAGGUUGCCUAAUGGUAAUUCAAAGUAUAUUGUUAAAUGGAUUUGGGAUUUACGAUCUUGUGAUGAUGCAUUUCAACUUUCGAGAGAACCUUUUGUGCAAAAGGAUUGGAAAGAAUUGAAGCAUGCAAUAAUCGUUGAAUAUGAAGAAUUAAUGAAACAAUUAAGAAGAAUUCAAAUAUGUAAAGCCAUAUUAUCUUUAUUAACGACAACAUCAUCAGUUCAUGAAAACGCACUUAUUGAAAAUGGGAUUUCGGUUUCUGAUCCUUUGAUUGAAUGUAUCAGGUGGUGUCCUUCCUAUCAAAACCCUCCCUUUUCCAAUAAUGAUCCCAGGAUUCCAUGGGAUGAUCAAUAUUUAUCAAGUAUUCUUCUACCAAAAAUUCGUGAUGAAGCUCAAGAGUUAAGAAAAUUACCUGGUCAAAUUAAAUCUGGUCCGAUCACGACAGUUUAUGGUGCAUUGAGCCUUGGUUGUGAGAAAUGUGAAAUAUUCAUGUGUAAAUUAUGUCAAAAUUUUAUCAAUAGAAGUGAUGAACACUUUACUUAUCAUGAAGCCUGUCAUCAUUUAAAGAGUUCAAAGCAUAAUGGUAAUGGAAUGUAUACCAUUAAUUUAUCCUUUUGA